AUGGCUCCCUCCAAGCCCCCCGUCUGGAGGGGGCUCGCCCAGGGCGAGGGGGGGCGGCAGGAAGUGUGGCACUGGCUCGCGGCCAGCGAGCGCCUGACGCGGUGCACCUCCUUCGCGGAGCACCCGGCGGUGAGGGCGCUGGUGCAGCGGGCGGGGGAGGGGGACCAGGAGAGCCAGGAGGCUGUGUCCAGGUGGCAGUCCGCCGCCCGCCAGCUGCGGCAGCUGCAGAAGGAGAGCGGCUGGAACGCGAGGUACCUGCGUGUGGUCGAGGAGCCCCUCGCCCUCAUCGCCAGCGAGGACGCCGUGCGAGAAGGAGCCUUGGGCAGGACCACUAGCCAGUUGAUGCGCUCGCUGCAGCGCAUCUACGUCACGUCCAGCUACUUCAAAGAGAGUCGGAUGGCGCUGCUGCUGCACAAGGUCCUGAAGGUGCUGGUCUCGCAGGCGGGCAGCCACCUGGUGUCCCCGCACCAG